CAUUUUUUACGGUUGGUAAUUGGAGGUUGCGUGACCUCCCUGUUCCGGAGGAAAAAGACGCCAUCGUUUUGUUAAAUUUGUCCUUUGAAGUUUUCAAUUUUCCUUAUUAAUUAGGUACCGCGUUAGCGCAAAAGUGUAAAAAUUUUGUCGAACAAUAAAAUGGGAGCUCCUGCUGCACGUGGAAAACCGAAACGUGGCGGCGGUCGAGGAGGAAUGAAGAGAGGUGGCGGUCGAGCACUCAACGGUAACCCGGCUUUAUUUGGUGGAAUGCGAGGAAUGGGUCCUCCUAUGCGAGGAGGAAUCAGGCCGCCACCCAUGGGCCCCCCAGGUAUGAGACUACGACCUCUGCCAGGACCACCACCGCCGCCGCAUCACAGGAUGAUGGGGCCAGGACCUAGAGGUCUUCCACCACCAGGAAUGAGGCCUCCACCACCAGGAAUGAGACCGCCUCCACCCGGUAUGCGCCCGCCGCCGCCGCCAAUGAUGAUGCGUCCUCCCAUUCCGCCUCCGAUGCGCGGCGGUCCUUUUAGAGGAGGUCCGCGAAUGAAGGGUCGCUUUCCUCCUGAUAUGCGCGGCAUCAAACGAGGCAGGAUCGUCAAGAAAAACCGCACCAGCUUGAAAAAUAUCGAUCUGUUUAAACCCUGGGUCACGGAUGCGAUGCGGACCGAGUUUGCGAAAAAAGACGAACUUCUAGCACAAGCUAAACAGACUCAGAGCCUCGACGAUUGGAAGAAUUACCGAGAUCAGAGAGAAAAGUGCAGCAAGAUCUAUCAGGAAGGUCGAACUGCACAAGUAGGCCAGCAGGAGGAUUCAGAUACUGAUUGUGAAGAUUAUGUUCAUCCAGAAGAUGAAACUCUGUGGGAUGAAGAAUAUUACCAAGACCAAGAUAACUGGGAAGACCUGGAAGAGAUCUACUUGUCGUGUGACACAUGCGAACGAGAGUUCUUUUCUCAAGAGCAGUAUGACCAGCACAUGUCUGAGCAUCGGACUUGCAACUUGGACGGUUGUAAUUUUACUGCUCACGAGAAAAUUAUAGAGAAACAUAUCAGAAUGCAGCAUUCGACUGGUUUGUAUGAGAAAAUCCGAAACAUCAGUACGCCUGAAGAUAUAGCGAAGUGGAUUGAAGAAAGGAAGAAGAAAUAUCCAUCUAAAGAAAACAUAGAGCAAAGGUACAAGGAACAGGAAGAGCGGUUAAAGAAAGGAGUUCGAAUCCCAAAGAAAAAUAAUAGAUUUGGAAAAGACAAGUUUAGAUUGGAAAAAUCAAAACAAUCGUCAUCGUUAUCAACUCGCCUUCAGCAAAAUCGCCCGCCAAAGAGAAAGAAGAUACAGAAGCCUCAACCGAAGGUUUCCUUAAUAGACGAGAAGGAGGACUGGAAUGGCAACAUGUUUCCAUUUAGGGGAACUGCAGAAUUAUUUGGCAACACCGAACAAAAACAAGUUAGCGAUUUUGAGGAUGACGAAUGGAAAGAACACGAAGGAAUGAAAAAAGUGAAGUUAAACAAUGCUCUUGGGUCUUUAAUGGCAGCUUAUGGAUCUGACAGUGAAGAAGAGACAAUUAGCUGUCAGAAUAAAGUGGAAGUUACAAAAGAAGAUAAUAAGAAAGUUCCCAGUACAGUUAUUGAUUCUAAAUCUGAAAAACAAGAUGUAAAUAUUGAUAUGAAAGCAAACUGUUCAUUAAAUGAUAGUGAUAAUGAGGCACCUGAAGAGGUAAAGAUCAUUAGAAGUACUGAUGUUGAGGAAAAUAAGGAAGUGAUAAAAGUACCCAUUGAAAGCCAGGCAACUUCAAAUAGGCCCACGCAUAAAGGUAAAAGAAAACGUACCCAUCAACGUUCUCGAAAUUCGAAAAAAAGGAAUCUGUCAAAUCAAGAAACCCCAUCACAAAGUAUUCCUUCAACAGAUAAUUUUCCACAUAAUAGAUUUAGAAAACGGAAAGUGACUCUUUUAGAAAAACUUUUGGAAAAUGAAAUUAGAGAGGAAAGAAAUCUACUCCUUCAGUGCGUCAGGUAUGUCGUACAGAACGAUUUUUUUAAAAGUUCCUGAAAGUGUUUUUAAGCUUUAAGACCAUAUCUGUGAUGUGUUUGUAAAUAUUUAGUUUUUGUAUAAUGAUCAAUUGUGUUUUUUGA